AAAAAAAUAGUCAUAGCUGUGAUUUUCUCAUCGUUGCAUAGAAAUGCACUAAUUUUUAGCCCUCAUGUUCAUAAUUAUGUGUAUGGAGGGAAGGAUUUGCAGGAGCGACUCACAGCAUCUUGAACAGGGAGGAAUCUACAGCAUCACUUGAUCUGCAGCAUCAGUUCGCAUAUUUUAAGUUACUCAUUUAUUUAGGAAGUUAAUACCCUUGACAAUGUUUCUGAUGUGCGGUUCCCAGUUUCGCUCGGGAUUUUAAGGAAGCAUUGUGCCCACAUGGGCAGUGUUCUGGCUUUGUCUUCCAAUCCGGGCCAUCAGAACUGGCCUUUCUCCAAGGAUCAUCUUCCUUCUCGCUGGGACGCACAUCCUGCCCACUGGGACCGUCCACCACGCUGGGAGAGGAGAGAUGGGCGCCUACCCAAUCCUGGCAGCUUUCACUCUCUCCACAGAAGCUGCAAAGAUGUGUUUCCUCAUCAGAUUGAGGGUGUCAAGAUGAUUAUCAAUAAAACUUUGAGUAGCUUUUUUAAGGUCAGUCAUACCCUCCACCUCAGUGCUGUAAGUCCCUCCUACUAUCGGUUCCACGUGGAGCAUCUGCAGUCUGACGACUACAGCAAGGACAAGGACGCCCCAGCAUUGAUUGGUGAAAUGGACUCUUCAGGUAGUUUGAAUGCCCACGCUCUCCUUCAUCUCACCGAGCGCGUUCGAGCCAGAACGGUAUUCCAGACCCAGCAGUCUCAGUUCGUAACGUGGCAGUUUGAAACCGAGUACAGAGGGAGCGACUUCACGGCUGCUGUGACAGUGGCCAACCCAGACGUCCUCAGAGAGUCAGUCAUUCUGGUCGCACACUUCCUGCAGAGUGUGUCAUCUGGCCUGGUGUUGGGAGGAGAACUGGUGUACCACCGAGGACGAGCAGAGGAAGGAGGAAUUCUGACUCUGGCUGGACAGUACUCAAGGCCAAACUGGGUUGCAACCCUUAAUGCUGGCAAAGGCGGCGCCCAUGCCAGCUACUAUCACAGAGCCAACAAACAGAUCCAAGUUGGGGUGGAGUUUGAGGCCAGCACCAGGACGCAGGAGACAACAGCCUCCUUUGGGUACCAGAUGGAUCUCCCGGAGGCCAACAUGGUUUUUCGAGGUAUGAUCAACAGCCGGUGCAUCAUUGGAGGUGUGUUGGAGAAGCGUCUUACCCCGCUUCCUGCCACCCUUAUUAUGGGAGCCUUUGUGAACCACAGAGGUGACAAGCUGCAGGUCGGCCUGGGCGUCAACGUGGGAUGACCCACAAACACGUGCUCAAACUGGAAUUAUGAAAAGAAUGUCAGGACAUCAAUCCAGAGAGCUACGUUUGAGAUUUGUUUUGAAAAUGCACCGACUUAAAGGGUGCAUCACCUGCACUGAAACUCUUCCUGUUGGUUUAACUCCAUGUAUCUCACCUUGCAACCUACCUCUCAAUAACAAGGUGAUGUUUUCUGAUUAUGGGGAAAGAGGAAUGGAUGCUACUUUAGAAGGGUGCAUCACCCUCUGAACUUUGAAAGCUGAAAGUGAAAUUGUACUGUAUACAUAGAGUAUCAAUUUUAUAAUGUCGGUAGUCAUGAAGAAAUGUAUAAAUAUAUACAUAAAAUAACAAAAAUGUACUUCCGGUUUUAGUGAUUUACCUCGAAAUUAUGUAUUGUUGAUUGUUCUGCAAGCUGUUUCUAAAAGAGAAAUUCAAAAUAUCAUGGUAUUUUACAUUUUUCACAAAGCCAGCGGUCAAGAAUAAAGCUGCGGACAACAAAAUCGAAAACAUUUUCGUCGCAUCUGUCUUUCAGGCUUUGUGAGUUUGCAAUCACUGUCUGGCAUUAAAAAGAACAAAAUCACUGGCCUGAAGCUAGUUUUACCCCUCACAUGGAAUAAAUACAGUUGCUUAGGUCUGUAUGAAUUUUUGUCAGCAGUUAAUGUUAAUAUGAUCCCCAAAGAAACACAGAGGAGCAAAACAAAUGGAUCUGAGGGAGUCUAUGCACUAACAGAUUUGUGUCUUAUAUGGUUGUCCCAAAAAGGCAUUUAAAAACACGAAUCUGGCAUUUUCAGUCCUAUUUAACAAAUUCUAAAUACUUUAAAUAUGUAAUGUAUAAUCCACUUCACAGGACAUUGGACUGGAGAACAAGAUGACUGUACUCUUUUCUGACAUGAUUUAAUAAAGAUGUUAUUUAUGUC